CAUGUUGUGCUAAAGGCAAAAUUUAUCUUUCUCCUUUUCAGGAAUUACUUUCUCUUUUAAGUACUUUGCUUGCUAGAAUAGAUCAGAGUAUACAUUUGUUUAGACAACAUAUUAGAAUGUAUAAUUCAGUAUUAGCUUUCACAUUUAUAAAUAUAAAGAUAGAUGAUACUAUAACAGAAACAAAUGGUGUUUAUAACUUUCAUAUUCAUGUAUAUGAUACUAAGUAUAAAUUGCAAAAUAGGAUGUUUAUAAUGCAUAAUCUCAAUCUUAUUUUUCUUGCAAAGCUACAGCAAAUAUUAUACAAUGUAAAUCCUUACAGUAGUAUGUUUAGACAAGUUGACAGCAUACAUAGAUUAGAUCUAUUCUUAGAUUUAAAAAUGGUUAUUACUGAUAAUAGAAGAAAAGAUUCUAGACAUUAUAAUAUUUCUACUAUAUCAGAAAUUGCAGUUAUUAUGAUUAGUGAUGAACAAACUGAUGAGCUACUUAAUCAUAAUAUUGUUUUAUGCUUAUAUGAAGAAGAAUUAUAG